CGCUUGUAUGGUGGGGCACUUGGACUGUAUUUCCGUGCUCCUGCGCUUCGGGGCGGACCCCGAGGCCAAGGCGACGAGAUUCGGGGCGCUCCUGCGACCCCGGGACCGAGAACAGGUGGGCACUGUGGUCCACCCGCUGUCCCCCACGCAGCUCUGCGCCGCACACGGGCACCAGGACUGUCUGGCGAGGCUGCUCGAGUCUCUGCCUGCUCAAAAAGAUCCAGUCGCGACGACGGCGCUUUACGGAGCGUCGGUGGCGCACAUAAGCCGGACCCCUCCGCUCCAUCUCGCCGCGGUUCUGGAGCGGCUGGACUGUCUCAAGAUGCUCCUUUCGCGGGGGGUAGACCCUGAGGAGCGUGACGUCACGGACAUGGUGGAGACAUUUGGCAGAGGGCAGGUUGAAGACAGCGUCUGCCUGCAGGAAAUUCUCCAGUACGCGUAUGGGGGCUUGGACGCGGCGCUGGGUCUUCGGGGGAUGACCGCUCUGCUCCACGCCUGCAAGACGGCAAACUCCGCCUGCCUGGAGGUCCUUCUACGGCACGGCUUGGACUGUAGUUCUCCGGCGCGCCGCCUGGAGUCCCCACUGCACCUUCUCGCCGCCAACGGCGUCAGGUACAAGAACAGGCACGGCGUCUCAGACCACUGUUUUGAAAACUGUCUCAGACUUCUCCUGAACCACGGGGCCCUCGUUAACUGUACCGACGACACGCGCGUCAACCUGAUCGACAAACCCGUGACCAAAAUGUUCAAAGAGGGGUUGCCGGAGCAUUGCCUGUUGAACUGUAUCCUCAUGUACUUGGAUGCUUCUACGUUCACACUCAGAAGAACCAAGGAGGUGCCUUCCUGGGUGAAGCCGUACCAUUGGCACAACCUGGACGGGGCCUGUGAGGAAGAUGGCGCGCCCGCGGAUGCAGUACACACCCUUACCGCUAGGGUCACUGCUGAGAUACCAAGGGACAUGCUCUUCAUGGGAAUGCCAGACGACCGUGAGAUGGGGAUAGUUCCCAACUGCAACGGGGUUUACCUGAAAUAUGUCCUCUCACUUCCCAACGAGCCGCGGAAAUUGGCGGACCUGUCCCGACUGGUCGUCAGAAGGUGCCUGGGUACGCGCGUGCAGAGGGACAUCGGCAAACUCAAACUGCCUAAGGCGCUGGAGAGGUUCGUGCUUCUCUGGGACCUGAACUGCGACUAG